AUGGAUUUCCUUCUUAUUGGUCUCUGUUUAAACUGGCUGCUGAGGAAGCCCCCGGGGUUGAUAUUGUGUACGCUGGGUAUCUUUUCUAAAAUGCUUCCAGCUGUGAAUAGUGGGUGUCCACAGCUCUGUCGGUGUGAGGGCAGGCUUUUGUACUGUGAAUCACUGAAUCUCACAGAGAUGCCUCGCAACCUGUCGGGCAUGAUGGGCUUGUCUCUGCGGUACAACAGCCUUUCAGAGCUGCAUGAUGGACAGUUCACAGGGUUAAUGCAGCUCACGUGGCUCUAUCUGGAUCACAAUCACAUUUGCUCAGUGGAGGGGAAUGCCUUUCAAAAAUUGCGGCGAGUUAAAGAGCUCACCCUGAGUUCCAACAAAAUAACCCAACUGCCCAACACCACUUUCCGCCCCAUGCCAAACUUGCGCAGUGUGGAUUUAUCAUACAACAACCUGCAGUCUUUGGAGCCUGACCUGUUCCACGGGCUGAGAAAACUGACAACUUUGCACAUGCGGUCGAACGCCAUCAAGUUCGUGCCGGUGAGAAUUUUUCAGGACUGUCGCAGCCUGAAGUUUCUAGACAUAGGAUACAAUCAGUUAAAGAGCCUGGCUCGAAACUCUUUUGCUGGCUUGUUCAAACUCACUGAGCUGCACCUCGAGCACAAUGACUUGGUGAAAGUGAAUUUAGCCCAUUUUCCCAGGCUCAUCUCCCUGCACUCCCUCUGCUUGCGAAGGAAUAAAGUUACCAUUGUAGUAAACACUUUGGACUGGAUAUGGCAACUUGAAAAGAUGGAUCUCUCCGGCAACGAAAUCGAAUACAUCGAACCUCACGUUUUCGAAAGUGUACCUCAUCUCAAAUCCCUGCAGCUGGACUCCAACCGGCUGACCUACAUUGACUCCCGAGUCCUCGACUCCUGGAAGUCCCUCACGAGCAUCAGCCUCUCUGCCAACGCCUGGGACUGCAGCCGGAACGUCUGCGCCCUGGCCUCCUGGCUGAGCAACUUCCAGGGUCGCUACGACAGCAACCUGCUCUGUGCCACCCCCGAGUACGCCCAGGGAGAGGAUGUUUUGGACGCCGUGUAUGCCUUCCACUUGUGCGAGGACGCCGACCCCACGAGCGUCAACACCUUCUCCCCGGUGACCAACAACAGCGAGCAGACGCUGGGCUAUGGCUCGGCCACCGCCACCUACGACGCGCCCGACGGCGACGAGGACCGGACCACGUACGCCGUCACCAUCACCAUGCCCGGCGAGAACUCCGAGAACGCCGUGCAGAUUCACAAGGUGGUGACGGGCACCAUGGCACUGAUUUUUUCCUUCCUCAUCGUGGUUUUGGUGUUGUACGUCUCCUGGAAGUGCUUCCCAGCCGGCUUAAGGCAACUAAGACAGUGCUUUGUCACACAGCGCAGGAAGCAGAAGCAAAAACAGACCAUGCACCAAAUGGCUGCCAUGUCAGCCCAGGAGUAUUAUGUUGAUUACAAACCCAACCACAUUGAGGGAGCCCUGGUGAUCAUUAAUGAGUACGGAUCUUGCUCCUGUCACCAGCAGCCAGCGAGGGAAUGCGAGGUGUGA